CAUUUAGUACUUAUCGCUCGUUGAAUCGAGAAUUUGUUGAUUGGAUUAUUUUUGUGGGUGGAUGUCAUGAUUAUUCGAAGUUUUUAUAAAAUUUAACUUAUUUUCAUUGUGUUAACAUACAUUGUGACAUAAACUGGUUUUAUCUAACAAAUUUGAUUGCUGAGGGUGCCUCAAGAUGCUGCGCUUCCUCAGCAGGAGAGGUCGCUCGUCAAGUCAAAACCGCAAUAAACAAGGAACAAAAACAUCAAUCAACAAAAACUUUAUACAAUGUAAGGUAAUGUUACUUGAUGAUACUGAUCUAUCCAUAAACUUGUCUAAAAAAGCUAGCGCAGCUGAUCUCUAUGAACAAGUUUUUUAUUCACUAGACUUGAUAGAGAAAGAUUACUUUGGUCUUCAAUUUACUGACACCAAUAAUGUAAAGCAUUGGCUUGAUCCUACUAAAACAAUUAAAAAACAAGUGAAAAUUGGUCCGCCUUACACUUUGAGAUUAAAAGUAAAAUUUUAUUCUUCGGAACCAAACAAUCUUAGAGAGGAGCUUACUAGAUAUCAAUUCUUUCUGCAAUUGAAGAAGGAUAUUUUAGAGAGCAAACUAGAAUGUCCGCAUUGUACAGCUGUGGAACUUGCGGCAUUAGCCCUUCAGUCUGAAUUAGGAGACUUUGAUGAAGCUGUACACACUCCUGCCACAGUCUCUGAGUUUAGGUUUGUGCCCAAUCAAACAGAAGAAAUGGAAAUUGAAAUCUUGGAGGAAUACAAGAAAUGCAAAGGACUAACACCAGCUCAGGCUGAAGUUAAUUAUUUGAAUAAAGCAAAGUGGCUGGAAAUGUAUGGUGUGGAUAUGCAUAUUGUACUGGGUAAGGAUGGCUGUGAAUAUCACCUAGGGUUGACUCCUACCGGAAUUCUCGUUUUUGAAGGACCUCAGAAAAUCGGAUUAUUCUUUUGGCCUAAAAUAAGUAAGCUAGAUUUCAAAAAGAAGAAACUUACAUUAGUUGUUGUUGAAGAUGAUGACCAGGGCCGAGAACAAGAACAUACAUUUGUUUUUAGGCUACACAAUGAAAAGGCCUGUAAACACCUGUGGAAAUGUGCUGUUGAACAUCACACUUUCUUCCGCUUAAGAGCACCAGUGAAAGGACCUUCUGCCAGGCAAAACUUUUUCAGAAUGGGAUCAAGAUUUCAAUAUUCUGGCAAAACAGAAUAUCAAACUACUCAGCAAAAUCGUGCUCGCCGUACUGUCCAGUUCGAACGACGCCCGAGUCAAAGAUUUGCUCGUAGACAAAGUCACGUGCUACGAGAACGUGAAAAACAAAACAGUGUUUCCAAACCAGAGGCACAAACUUCUUCCGAAACUGCUGCUGAAGUGCCGAGUACAUCAUCAGAAACAGCUUUGCUUGUGCCUGAAGUUGAACCCUUAUCCAGAAAGAGUAGUGCAAAAUCACAGAAAUCGUAUGUUGAACAUGAUUCCAAGGAUGUGGAAAUUGGUGAAUGCUCUACUAAAAAUGUACUUAAUGAUGAACCAGCUGAAGAAGUACACAUUUCCAAGGAUGAUGCUAUCAGUAACAAAGUUUUGUUCAAGGUAGACAAACCUGCUGUUGAAGAGAAGAAAAUUAACUUGACUCAACUAGUAAUCAACAAACCACCUUGCAAUUGUUCACCAGUGGCAGAUUCUAAUCCCCUUAAUGAUCUACUCAUGAGUUUAGUCAAGGAGAAGUUGAAUAGUGAUGACAGCAAAAACGAAGUCAAAAGAGAUCAAGUUGAUUCUUCAAAUGAUAAAGAAGUGCCUAACAAUCAAUCGAAAUAUUUCCUAUCGUCAACUAAAGCUCUUCCGCCAGGGCAAUUGAAAUGUAACAAUAUAUUGAAAGCUCGCGAAAAUGAAGUGAAGAUUAUCAAUGAAUCGCCCAAUAUAAAUUUAUCGUUGCCAUCGACACCAUCUCCAAAAAUAUUAAAUGAACCUCAAGCUACAAAUGGAAACAGUUCUCAGUACGUGUCUAUCGUUGUGGUGGAGCCGCCACAUACUCAGCCGAAACUGGCUUCUCCGAAACCAGUGGAGCGAAAGGAAGAUUUGACUCCUAAAUCGCAACCAAUAUCAUCUUUAUCUCCGUGGCUAGUGUCUUCUGAACCUAGUUCUCCUUCUGGUAUCGGGGAAAAAGAUAUAACCAUUAUUCACCGAAAAUCUGUAAUUACUACUCAACUCUAAAUUUUGAGUGAAGGUGAUGGUUAUUUUUACGAUGUUGAUACGAUAAAAUUUAUGCAGAUUAGUUAAUAAUAUUGUCUUGCAAUGUACUUGUGCCUUAAUCAUGGUUUUCGUAAUGAUUUGUAAAUGAAUCAUAUUUUUGAUAAAGUAAAUGUUAUUUGAUCGUAUCUUACGCGCGUCUUGUUCAAUUUAUAAAUUAAAAUUUUCUAUUUUAUAUCUAAUGUGCUCUCUAAAUUUUACAGUCAUUUCGCUUUUAAGUUUCGAAAGAAACCUAAAGCGAGAGUGGUUUAGUAGGUACUCAAAAAUUAAAGAAUGUAUAGGUAGUCACUUCACAAACUUUAAGUGCUUUCAUAUUAUUUUCAGUAAGCAACAUGCAAAGGGAUUUGUACUUAAAUUUUAUGGUUUAAAGUUUAAGGUGAAGUGAUUUUUUAUUAUUUUAUUUAACAUUAUUAGAUUUUGUAGCAGAAGUUGAAAUAUUUUUAAAAUGGUGCUUUGUUUUGCAGUGAAUAUUUACGACGUUACAUACGAAAAUUGUAUGCUUCAUUUCGUUACCAAUUACGUCAACGCUCAGUUUGAUUUCCUGC